AUGGCGACUCUAGCCAUUGACGACGAUAGUACUCGCACUAAGGAGAGAAUCGGCACUCCCACUGCCGAUAUAGGCGGAAGCAACGUUAAAGGCGAUAAUAGCGACGUCACCGACGAUAAUACGCCUGCUUUCGAUGACCUCUUUAAUAACGAUAAUGCUAAUCCUGGCCGGAAGGAUAUGGACAUUAGCUCGAGCGACGAUGAUUCCGACUAUGAGUUAGACCUCGAGGAGAUUAAGCUAGUUCGCCCGCGCAAAUUCGGCGGCAGAUACCUGCUUCCCAGUAGCGCCCCAGAUUCGACGGGCCGGUUAGAGGAUCCGCUACGAAGAAGGUCUGGACCCGAACGGACGCCCUCUAGUGCCUCCACGUCGAAUUCUAGCUGUGCAGCCCGGAGCACACCGCAGGAGAGCAGCCCGACUUUGACUGCUCCCGGCCCGAUGGCGACUAUCCGGAAAAGCGGCGAACUCGAUGAGGAGAUGGCCGAUGACGACACUCUCGUUGCUAGCAACGGCAAGAUUGCGACCCCCGUGACCGGAAAGGGGAAGGAGACUGCCGGAACCAAGCGCGAUAAGACUAAGGGUGAAUCCAACGUGGUGCGUAAGACCAAGAACCGCGUUCGAGACGCUGCAAAGGCCUAUAUGAACGGUGGAUACGGCGAGAGUCGGGGCAAUAAGAAGUGGUAG